GGACCGGCCGGCCGGCCGGACCAGCGUGUCGCAGAUGAUCUCUGCGGCGUCGCCGGCCGGCCGAGUCGGAUUGCGGGCCCGGUCCUCGUCCCCCGGCCGGAGGGCGAGCGAUCCCGAGGAUCGAGGAUGCUGAGGGUCUUCGUCCUGCACGCCGAGAACGUCCAGACCCCCGACACCGACCUCAGCGAUGCCUACUGCUCGGUGGUCUUCGCAGGGGUGAAGAAAAGGACGAAAGUCAUCAAGAACAAUUUGAAUCCCGUGUGGAACGAGGGCUUCGAGUGGGACCUGAAGGGGAUCCCCUUGGACCUGAGCUCCGAGCUCCACGUGGUGGUGAAAGAUCAUGAGACGGUGGGAAGGAACAGGUUCCUGGGUGAAGCCCGAGUGGGUCUGCGAGACGUCCUCAGCUCCCCAAGUUUGUCUGCCAGCUACAACGCACCCCUGCUUGAUGCCCAGAAACAGCACACGGGGGCCUUCCUGGUUCUGCAGGUGUCCUACACGCCUCCCCCGGGAGCCGCCCCGCCGUUCCUGCCUUCCGUCCCCCCGGACCCAUCCUCGUCCCUGACCGAGCUGGACACGGUCGCCGGUGCCGGCUACCCCAGAGAGGAGACGUGGUCACUCCUCAGCGAUUCCACCGUGGACACCCGCUGCUCGGGCACGAAGGGGCCGCCGCACCCAGAUACAGGGGGCGAGGAGGACCCCGAAGAUCAGGGUCUCAGUGGGGAUGAGGCAGAGUUACCCCCGGAUGGGGCCGGGCCCGCUCGGCCGGGGCUCCCCGCUGCCCCCCGGAAGCCCCCCGGGCCCGGCCCCCACCACCCCGGCCCGAGGAGGAAAAGGAGCCCGCCGAAGAAACUUCUGUCAGACAAACCGCAGGACUUCCAGAUCCGAGUGCGCGUGAUAGAGGGACGCCAGCUGCCGGGAGCCAGCAUCCGGCCCGUGGUCAAAGUCACGGCCGCCGGGAAGACCAAGAGAACCAGAAUCUGCAAAGGAAACAGCCCCUUCUUCGACGAGACCCUUUUCUUCAACGUUUUUGAGUCUCCGGUGGAGCUGUUUGAGGACCCCAUCUUCAUCACCGUGGUGGAUUCCUGCUCGCUCCGGAAGGACGCCCUCAUCGGGGAAUUCCGGAUGGACAUCGGGGCCGUGUACAGAGAGCCACGACAUGCCCACCUCCGCAAGUGGCUGCUGCUCUCCGACCCGGACGACCCGUCCAGCGGGGCCCGCGGCUACCUGAAAGUCAGCCUGCUCGUGUUGGGCCCUGGGGACGAGGCCCCCUUGGAGCGGAGAGAUCCGUGGGAAGACAAGGAAGACGUCGAGGGGAACCUACUGCGCCCGACGGGGAUGAGCCUGAGAGGCGCCCACUUCUGCCUGAAGAUCUACAGGGCCGAGGACCUGCCCCAGAUGGACGACGCGGUGAUGGACAACGUGAAGCAGGUCUUUGGCUUCGACAGCAACAAGAAGAACCUGGUCGAUCCCUUCGUGGAAGUCAGCUUUGCCGGCAAGACGCUCUGCAGCAAGAUCCUGGAGAAAACAGCCAAUCCCCAGUGGAAUCAGAGCAUCACGCUGCCCGCCAUGUUCCCCUCGAUGUGUGACAGAAUGAGGAUCCGAGUCAUCGACUGGGACCGCCUCUCCCACAACGACGUCAUCGGCACCUCCUUCCUGUGCAUGUCCGAGGUCUCCACCCCCGGCGGAGAGAUCACAGAGGAACCGCCGGGCGCCACGAACCCUGUCCGAGCCCCCGACCCGGACGACGGGCUCGGCUUCCUGCCCACGUUCGGGCCCUGCUACGUGAACCUGUACGGCAGCCCGCGCGAGUUCACCGGCUUCCCGGACCCCUACGAGGAGCUCAACACCGGGAAGGGAGAGGGCGUAUCCUACCGGGGCCGGAUGCUGUUGGCGCUGGAGACCAAGCUCGUGGACUGUCCGGAGCAGAGGCUGGAGCCCAUCCAUUCGGACGACAUACUGCGUGUCGAGAAAUACCUGCGUCGGCGCAAGUACUCGCUGUUCGCGUCCUUCUACUCGGCCACCAUGCUGCACAACGUGGACGCCGCCGUCCAGUUCGAAGUCAGCAUCGGGAAUUACGGCAACAAGUUUGACAACACCUGCCUUCCCCUGGCCUCUACCACGCAAUACAGCCGGGCCGUCUUCGAUGGCUGUCACUACUAUUACCUGCCCUGGGGCAACGUCAAGCCGGUGGUGGUGUUGUCUUCGUACUGGGAGGAUAUCAGCCACAGGACCGACACACAGAACGUGCUCGACCACAUCGUCUGCAGACUGGAAGCCAGCCUGGAGCAGGUCCACUUGGCGGUCAAAACCCAGCUCCCGGCCGAGGAGCUGGACGCCCUGGCGACCCAGCUGAUCGACGAGGUCCUGGCCGACUGCAGCCAGCCGCUGGUGGCCGUGCAGGACAAGCCGUCGGCCACCCAGCUUGACCAUCACCGUUACCGCACGCGCCGGCGGCGGCUGGACCACAUCGCGCAGGAGGCUCUGCAGCUGCGCCAGGAACUGGACUCCGAGCCGCAGGGGCUGCAGAGGCUGCUGGACCGCGCUGAAGACUGGCUGCUGCACCUCCGGGCUCUGGUCGAAGAGCCUCAGGGCAGCCUGCCGGACGUCGUGAUCUGGCUGCUCCAGGGAGACCAGCGCCUGGCCUACCACCGCGUGCCCGCCCACCGGCUCCUCUACUCCAGGGCCGGAUCCCGCUACUGCGGCAGGGACUGUGGCAAACUGCAGACCCUCUACAUGAAGUACCCAAUGGAGGGGACCGCCAACUCCAAGGUACCGGCCCAGGUGCGGGUUCAGCUGUGGCUCGGACUUUCUGUGGACGAAAAGGAAUUUAACAAGUUUGCAGAGGGGAAACUCUCUGUGUUCGCCGAGACCUACGAGAACCAGACCAAGCUGGCCCUGGUGGGUAACUGGGGCACGACGGGCCUCACCUACCCGAAGUUCACGGACGUCACGGGCAGGAUCAAACUUCCCAAGGACAGCUUCCGGCCCUCCGCCGGCUGGGCCUGGUCCGGGGACUGGUUCAUCUGCCCCGAGAAGACCCUCCUACACGACGCAGAUGCCGGCCACCUGAACUUCGUGGAGGAAGUGUUCGAGAACCAGACCCGCCUGCCCGGAGGCCAGUGGAUACACAUGAGCGAGGCCUACACGGACGUGAACGGGGAGAGAGUGCUCCCCAAAGAUGACAUCGAGUGCCCCCCGGGCUGGCAAUGGGAAGAUGAAGAGUGGAGCACCGAUCUGAACCGCGCCGUGGACGAGCAAGGCUGGGAGUACGGCGUGACUGUGCCCCCGGAUCGCAGGCCCAAGCACUGGGUCCCGGCCGAGAAGAUGUACCACGUCAACAGGCGUCGGCGCUGGGUGCGGCUGCGCAGGAGGAGCCCUGACCAGAUGGAGGCCGUCAGGAAGCCGCUGCAGGAGGAGCUGGAGGGCGAGGGGUGGGAGUACGCCUCCCUUUUCGGCUGGAAGUUCCACCUCAAGCCCCGCAAGACGGACGCCUUCCGCCGUCGCCGCUGGCGCCGCCGCAUGGAGCCCCUGGAGCGCACCGGGGCCGCUGCCGUCUUCGCCCUGGAAGGGGCCCUGGGCGGCGUGGUGGACGACAGGAGCGAUGAUUCGAAAUCCGUUUCCACUCUGAGCUUUGGGGUGAACAGGCCCACCAUCUCCUGCAUCUUCGACUGCGGGAACAGAUACCAUCUGCGCUGUUACAUGUACCAGGCCCGGGACCUAAUAGCCAUGGACAAAGACAGCUUCUCAGACCCCUACGCGAUCGUCUCGUUCCUGCACCAGAGCCAGAAGACAGUGGUGGCGAAGAACACCCUGAACCCCACCUGGGACCAGACGCUCAUCUUCUAUGAGAUCGAGAUCUUCGGGGACCCCCGCAACGUCGCUGAGCUACCCCCGGACAUCGUCGUGGAGCUCUACGAUCACGACACCUACGGGGCGGACGAGUUCAUGGGGCGCUGCAUCUGCCGUCCGAGCCUGGAGCGGUCCCCGCGACUGGCCUGGUACCCCGUGACCAAGAAAAACAAGCCGGCGGGGGACCUGCUGGCGGCUUUCGAGCUGAUCCAGAGAGAGAAGCCGGCCCUUCACCACGUCCCUGGCUUUGAGUCUGAGCUUCCCAAGAUUUGGGAUGAGGCUGGAGACUCAGACCUGCCCUACCCGCCACCCCAGAGGGAACCCAACGUUUACAUGGUCCCUCAGGGGAUCAAACCGGUCCUACAGCGCACGGCCAUUGAGAUCCUGGCCUGGGGCCUGCGCAACCUGAAGAGUUACCAGAUGGCCAGCGUGACGUCGCCCAGCCUGGUGGUGGAGUGCGGCGGGCAGGCCGUCCAGUCGUGCGUCAUCAAGAACGUCAAGAAGAACCCCAACUUCUCCAUCUGCCUGCUCUUCAUGGAAGUGCGCCUGCCAAAGGAGGAGCUGUACUGCCCACCCAUCGUCAUCAAGGUCAUCGACAACCGCCAGUUCGGCCGCCGGCCGGUGGUGGGGCAGUGCACGGUCUGGUCCCUGGAGCCGUUCCUGUGCGACCCAUCGCGGGAGGACGUCUCGUCGUCCGGACGAGCCCCCGACGAGGUGAGCCUGACGCCCCGCGACGAGGUGCUGAUCGACAUUGACGACAAGGAGCCGUUGCUUCCCGUCCAGUUUGCCGACUCUGUGUCCAGCCCGGCCGCCAUUAACGCACCCACCCCUCGCUUCGACCUUCACAAGACCCUGCAGGAGGAAGAGUUUAUUGAUUGGUGGAGCAAGUUCUACGCCUCAGUUGGGGAGACGGAGAAGUGCGGCCUUUACCUGGAGAAGGAUUUCGACACCCUGCAGGUGUACGACACAGAGCUGGAGAACGUGGACGGGUUCGAGGGCCUCGCCGACUUCUGCCAGACCUUCAGGCUGUUCCGCGGCAAGACCCAGGAGCUGGGGGACGACCAGUCCGUCAUCGGGGAGUUCAAGGGUCUCUUCAAGAUCUACCCGCUGCCCGAGGACCCGGGCGUGCCCCCGCCUCCCAGACAGUUCCGGCAGCUGGCUGCCCAGGACCCACAGGAGUGCCUCGUGCGGGUGUACGUCAUCCGGGCCUUCGGUCUGCAGCCCAAAGACCCCAACGGCAAGUGUGACCCCUACAUCAAGAUCACCGUGGGGAAGAAGUCGAUCAGCGACCAGGACGAUUACAUCCCCUGCACGCUCGAGCCCGUCUUCGGAAAGAUGUACGAGCUGACCUGCACCCUGCCGCUGGACAAGGACCUGCGGGUCGCGCUGUACGACUACGACCUGCUGUCCAAGGACGAGAAGAUCGGGGAGACGGUCAUCGACCUGGAGAACCGCUUCCUGUCCAAGUUCGGCGCCCGCUGCGGCCUGCCGCAGACCUACUGCACGUCCGGCCCCAACCAGUGGCGAGACCAGCUGCGUCCGUCCCAGCUGCUCCACACGUUCUGCCAGCAUCGCAGGAUCCGGCCGCCCACCUUCGGGACGGACCGGGUGGUUUUCCGGGACCGGGAGUUCACCCUGGCAGAGCUCGAGGCUGGCAGGGUCCCCAACCCUCACCUGGGUCCCGUGGGCGAGCGGCUGGCCCUGUCCGUGCUGCGGAAGCAGGGGCUCGUCCCCGAACACGUGGAGUCCCGCUCCCUGUACAGCCCGCUGCAGCCCGACAUCGAACAGGGGAAGCUGCAGAUGUGGGUGGAUGUUUUCCCCAAGUCUCUGGGACCCCCCGGGCCCCCGUUCAACAUCACCCCGCGAAGAGCCAAGAGGUUCUUCCUGCGCUGCGUCGUCUGGAACGCCAAGGACGUGAUCCUGGAUGAUCUGAGCAUCACCGGGGAGAAGAUGAGCGACAUUUACGUCAGGGGCUGGAUGCCGGGCUUUGAGGAGCACAAGCAGAAGACAGACGUGCACUACAGGUCUCUGGGAGGGGAAGGGAACUUCAACUGGAGGUUUGUCUUCCCUUUCGACUACCUGCCCGCCGAGCGGGUCUGCGCUAUCUCUAAGAAGGAACGUUUCUGGAGUUUGGAUAAGACAGAGAGCAAGGUCCCAGCGCAGGUGGUGUUCCAGAUCUGGGACAACGACAAGUUCUCCUUCGAUGAUUAUCUAGGUGCCAUCCAGCUGGACUUGAACCGGAUGCCCCAGCCGGCCAAGACGGCCGAGAAGUGCUCUCUGGACCAGCUGGACGACACCUUCCACCCGGAGCGCUUCGUGUCUCUGUUCGAGCAGAAGUCGGUCAAGGGCUGGUGGCCCUGUGCUGCCGAGCAGGACGUGAAGAAAACUCUUGCGGGCAAGCUGGAGAUGACCUUGGAGAUCCUGUCUGAGCCAGAACACGAGGAGCGACCCGCCGGGCUGGGCCGGGACGAGCCCAACCUGAACCCCAAACUCCAGGAACCCAAGCGGCCGGACACGUCGUUCCUGUGGUUCACAUCUCCGUACAAGACUCUGCGCUUCAUCCUGUGGCGACGAUUCCGCUGUGCCUUCAUCCUGGCGCUGGUCCUGCUCAUUCUGCUGCUCUUCCUGGGGAUCUUCGUCUACGCCUUCCCGAACUACGCAGCCAUGAAGCUGGUGAAGCCGUUCAGCUGAUCGGACAUCCGCCGCGGGAGCCGUUGGAGCGGGCGCCCGGGCGCCCGCGGCCCAGAGCCGCCUCUGCCCGAGAUACCGCCCGGCAGUGCUCCGAAACGCCCCAAGCCCUCGAUGCUGCCUCCUCCAACGGCCAGUCAGCUCACCCGAGCUGCACCACUCAGGCCCCGGGCCGUCCCCCGGCCCGCUCUGCCCCUGCUCCUGCCCCGUCCCGUCCCCAUCCCAUCUCUGCCCUAGCUUCUGCCCCCUGUCCCUACCCCCGUACCCGCCUCCAACUCUCUCUCUUUUGGAAAGCUUGAAUAUCACUAUACAUCUGAGUUAAACUGGAGACUUUUGUGCG